UGUAGACCGUGACAGUGUGUCCCUCAUCACGCCAUUUUCAACAUGGCGGCCGUCCACACCGAGCUGGAGUUGGGGGAGGAAAAGUGCGAUCCCCCUCGCCAAGACGGACCCGAAGAAGACGGGAAGGAGGUCGGAGAGACCGAAGGAGAGAAGAAGAAAAAGAAGAAGAAGAAAAAGAAGAAAGGAGGAAGCCCGACCCAGCAGGAGGGGGGAGAUGCACCUGCAGAUGGUGUGGAACAGGUGACAGAACAGCUGGCAGCUGCACAGGUGCAGAACGGACCCAAGACUGGGGAGGAAGACGGGGAGGAGGCUGACGAUGGGGAGGAGAUAGCAGGAGGGGAGGGGAAGAAGAAGAAAAGACGCAGGAAGAAGAAGGGAGGCCAGGGUGGUGAGCAGGGAGGUACCACUCCAGCAGAGGGAGGGGCAGCCCCUAAAGGUUCCUCCAAACAGACAGACCCUCCCACCAUUCCUGUCUCCCAGCUCUUCCCAGAUGGACAGUUCCCCGUGGGACAGAUAAUGGAAUAUCCCGAGGUUUCUGUGGACGGUCGCUCAGCAAAAGAUCGAACAACAGACAGCGAGAAGAAGGCCCUGGACCGCUCCCAGCUGGACCUGUACAACGAGAUUCGUGAGGCAGCAGAGGCGCACAGACAGGUCCGCUCACAUGUCCAGUCCUUCAUCAAACCUGGCCUCACCAUGAUCGACAUAUGCCAGAGGCUAGAAGAUGCAUCCAGAAAGUUGAUAAACGAGGACGGUCUGAAGCGCGGUCUGGCGUUCCCGACCGGCUGCUCCCUGAACCACUGCGCCGCCCACUACACCCCCAAUGCCGGGGACGACACCGUGCUGGGGUACGACGACGUGUGCAAGAUAGACUUCGGCACGCACGUGAACGGCCACAUCAUCGACUGUGCCUUCACCGUGACCUUUAACCCCAAGUACGACCAGUUACUGGCAGCCGUGAAGGACGCCACCAACACCGGAAUCAAGGAAGCAGGAAUCGAUGUACGGCUGUGUGACAUUGGAGAGAGAAUACAGGAAGUCAUGGAGUCAUAUGAAGUGGAACUAGGGGGGAAAACUUACACAGUUAAGCCCAUUCGCAACCUGAAUGGACACUCCAUCGCCCCAUACAGAAUCCACGCAGGGAAGACUGUUCCCAUCGUGAAGGGAGGCGACGCCACAAGGAUGGAGGAGAACGAGUUCUAUGCCAUCGAGACGUUCGGGAGCACAGGGAAGGGUGUGGUGCACGACGACAUGGAGUGUUCUCACUACAUGAAGAACUUUGAGGCUGGUCAUGUGCCACUCAGAAUGCAGCGUGCCAAGCAGCUGCUGGGCGUGAUCAACCAGAACUUCGGCACGCUGGCGUUCUGCCGCCGCUGGCUCGACCGCCUCGGGCAGUCCAAGUACCUCAUGGCGCUGAAGAACCUGUGCGACGCGGGGAUCGUGGACCCGUACCCGCCGCUCUGCGACGUCAAGGGCUGCUACACCGCGCAGUUCGAGCACACCAUCAUGCUCAGGCCCACCUGCAAGGAGGUCAUCAGCAGAGGCGAUGACUACUAAAAACAUUGGGGGAAAACUAGCAAGUGCUGCCCCCUAGCACCUCUUACCAGUACUGCAGCUUGCCAGGUAUUACAUAGCCUGGUAUUCAUUGGACAAACACAUCUAGAAUACUGAAAUCAGCAGAGGGGACGACUACUAAAUAAAGUGGGGGGAAAACUAGCAAGUGCUGCCCCCUGGCACCUCUUACCAGUACAGCAGCUCUUAAAUACUGACAUUAGCAGAGGAGAUUACUACUAAACACAGUGGGGGAAAAGCUAAUCUCCAAGCAGAUCCUAUAAUGGCAUAAGACCAAGUACCAAACUGGCUAAGGAGUAUAGUCAGCCAAAAUGUGUCGAUUGCCUUGUAGCAAAACACACUCCUAGGCCGGCUUCACUCCUCUACCAGCUUUUGAUACUAUCUUAUGCUACUGUAGGAUCUGCUUGGAGGUUAGAGAAAAGCUAGGAUAAAAUUACUGCCUAAGUGCUGCCCCCUAAGCACCACUUACCAGUACUGCAACUCGCCAGGUAGUACACAGCCUGGUAUUCAUUGGUAGAGAAAAAGAAACUAAAACACCAAAAACAGUGGAGAAAACCUAGGAUAAAUUUACUGCCUAUGUGCUACUGCCUAGCACCUCUUACCAGUACUGCAGCUCUCCAGGUAUUACACAGUCUGAUACUCAUUGAUUGAGAAACAAAUCACGUUAGAAUGCUCAUCUAAAAUACUGGCAAGAGCUCUAAUUGGUUUUGCUUUCUUCCUAACAUAGAAGACAGUUUUGUAAGUGGAUAGAAACAAUACUUAGAACAAGGGAAGGUCCUAACUCGGAAGAAUUAGCCAUCACUUGUAUUUCCUCCCCAUGAUGCAGUAGUACUGUUAAGUUGCUAAAUAAGGGCAACGAUUGAUCAUGUGACUUUGAAGAUAAACACUGUAAUAACUGUAAACAUUUAAAAACUUGUGAUUUGACUUUUUUUGUUAGGAUAAGCAACAGUAUCUUUUUUUUUUCCUUCCACCAAAAAAAAGAAGUAUUAGAAAUUUUAUUCUCUUUAUUUUUUUGUAAUAUCUAGAUCUGGAAAAUGAAUAUUGCUUUGUGUAACUAAGCUGUUUGGCCAUACAUUUAUUGAACAAACAAUCUAUACAGCAUAAGGUAACAAGGCAAAAAAGAUGGCAGGCUUCACCCCCUUACCAAUACUACUAGUACUUUGCAACUCUUCCAAUAACAGUAGCACUGGGGAAGAAUGACAACAGUGCUUUUGUGUAUAUUAGGAAACUGCAGACACAAACACAGACAAGCCAAAACUUUCUCUAUUGGGGAAACUUUGCUUAUAGAAAUAUGUAACAUACAUUUACAUUUUGCAAUAAGAAACGUCUUGAUUUAUUUGAAAAACAGUCAACCUCUGUACUUUGUAGCCUGUUAAUCUCAGUACCUACUAGUAUUUUUAAACCAAACUGCCUCAUUUAGAACAUCUUAAGCAUCCUGUUUAUCAUUUUUUCUAUUAAAGUAGAAAAAUGAGUUUUGGGCAGUUUGGGCAACUAAUGUGUAAUUGUUGUAGACAGCAUGUAAUGGGACGUGCAUAGCUUGUAGUAGACACAGAGGAAAAAUGCAAUUGAAUGGGGUAUUUUGCUUUCGGGUGAUCAAAUGUGAAGGGCAGUAAGUUAAAAGUUCUUUCUACGGUCAUCACAGUUCCUAGUGAAAAUAAUCAGGUCACAGUUCAGGAAUCUGCAUGUGUAGUCAUAGUGCAUUGUGGUCUAGGUCAAAGGUUAAAGUGCCUCUGGUAUAAACAAUUGUGUAAAUGUGUGUGCACAUUGAUGUUUUUUGGUUUACUUCUAAGAGGCCUUGGCCUUUGACCUUACCCACAAUCCCAAGUGUGCUAUAACUGGAAUAUCGCUUGUUCCACUAUAACAGCUAGUUUUGAGUCUUCCUGAUUAUAAAAGAAGUUAAAGGUCUUUAGUGGGGAAAGAGAAUAAGUGCUGUAAGGAUAGCUUGUUUAAAGAUAUUUUUGCCAUAAUUGAUGACUGAUCUAACACGGUUUUGAAUUUGAGAAAAGUCUAGAUUUUGCUUUCUAAAACUACUGUAAAAUGCUCAUGUACAGUAAUGUCAACAUUCAAUCAUGACAGAAAUGGCUUACACAUGUACCUAAUAACUGAAAGGUGUGACAAGAUGUGUACCAUACAUGGCUCAGUGGAGAGGUAUAGGGCAUUAAACAUGAUAGAAUUGACU